UAUUGAUAUUGUUACAUAUCCAUUUUCUCUUGAUCAUUUUUGUGCAAGAUGAAGAAUGCCAUGCGACUUUUAUCAAAUAUUUUGCUCCUUCUGUUGCUUCUCUUAGCCUCUGAAAUGGGGGCGAAGGUAACGGAGGGGAGGACAUGCUAUUCUCAGAGUCAUCAGUUCAAAGGAGUGUGCUAUAGGACGAGGAACUGCGCCUCCGUGUGCCUGACAGAACAUUUUGAAGGAGGUGUUUGCAAAGGAAUGCCAGGCUUCCGUAAAUGCGUCUGCGUUAAGCCUUGUUAAUCUUAUGCACUAAUGUUAUAAUCGUAAUUAAGAUACAGAAAAUAGAUAAUAACAAGCUUGAACCAUAUAGUUACUCUUCUCUGUAAUAAUUCCCUCACACAGGAAAAAAAAUUACUAUAAAUUAUUUACCGACAACUAUGGUCCAUUUGUCAAAUAUAGCAUGAUAUUAAAAUUGUGCUAGUUUGAUCCAUCAUUUAUUCGAU